AUGACCGUCGACCGUGCAAUCUUCGACAAGCUAAAAGAAUUGGCCAAUGAAGGAGGCGUCACGCUAGAAGAACGGUUUGAUUACCAUUGGGCCAACACGACCGAAUAUUUUGCCUGGAGAGUAGAGCCUCCGUUGCCCGAAUGGAAGAACGAUCCCCUAUUUAAGCCGAAUGCAGCAGUUGGAAGGGGAGUGAUUCGACUACAGGGGAAUUUACCGCAUAUCUGGUGGAACCUGGGAGACGUUGCCCAGAUCCAAGCUGGUAAUGCUCCACAUCGCCUGAUCCUGAGCUGGCGAAAGCUGGAUGCGAUUGGCUACAUCAGAGUCCCUUAUACGUCGGGAGUGAAGUCAGGAUGGCAUAUCUCACAGCGACAUACGCCCUAUUGGAUUGAGAUGACGACCACUAUAAGGGACGGAAAGCAGUACGUUAAGUUUUUGACGUGA